AUGCACUCCGCUAUAUGCGGCAAACCUCACGAAAACAUUGUCGGAUGCAAGAAAAUAGAUCGACCACCCCGUGCGUCAUGUUGUCGACGAUGUUUGCGUCUCAGGCCUAUACGCAACCAGCGCUUUUUCUACAACGGGUACAAGAGGAAGCACGCUAUCAAGUUCCAAGGAGUCGUGACGCCAGACGGGCUGUUUGUUGACCUGUACGGCGCAGAGGUUGGAACGAGGCACGACGGCUACUUGCUUGCGCAGUCUGCACUACUUGAGAAGCUACAGACCUACAUAAACAGCCCUUCAGGCCACCCACAGUGCUCUUUUAGUGCAUCUGUCAAUGGCCCCCUUACGCCCGCAAUGAGAAACUUUAACAAGAGCAUGAGCCAAUGCCGAGUGACGGUCGAAUGGGGGUUCAAGGAGAUGACUAGCAAGUGGGCCUUCUACACGGUAGCAACACUGUUGUCAAACUUCCACUCCUGCCUGAACGGCGGCAACCAGAUUUCACAGUACUUUGGAGUAGAGCCUCCCACGCUGGAAGAGUACCUUAAGGUGUAA